AUGUCGUCCUGGAUGAACAAUCUACGCAACUUGGGACGUGGACCCAGUCAGCAACGCUCGACCCCGAACCAGCAGCCAAGCGGCCAGCCACCAAGCCGUGGCGGCAAUUCGUCACCAUCCGCAAACAGCCCAUCUUCACUCGCACCACCGACCAUCCCAGCAACACCUGCAUCUCCCUCACUCACGGUCCCGAUGCAGAACAACGAGCAAGCUCAUCAAGCCAACCAGGGCCACCAAGGCCCCAAGAAAAACCCGCCGUUCUUCUUCCGCGAAAAGCUCUGCGGCUUCAUAGUCAAAGGCAACUUCAUGACACUUGGCGCAAAGCCCCACAUGCUCGAGGAAGGAGAGUGGAUCGCUCAUCAAGUGGUUGAGCAAAACCGUCUUCUUGGCGGCAUGGUCAAGAUGACGCAGACUGAAGAUCGCAGUACCGGCGUCCCCGUUUGCAACGUGAAGGACUGUCCAACAAUGUCAGCCGGCCCCGUCACCUGGACAUGGAUCGACACUCGCUCGCAGCCCAUCAACUUACCGGCCCCGACCUACAUCAAGCACAUCCAAACAUGGGUGGCUGGCAAAAUUCAAGAUGAGAGCCUUCUGCCAACCAACAACUUUCAGACUGCUCCGCCGCUCCCCGAUCCGCAGCAGGUUGCGAACGAUCCAAAUCACUGGCUGGGCAAGAGCUCUGGCUUCCCGCAGCGCUUCGAGACAGAAGUCAAGAUGAUGUACAAGCAGAUGUUUCGCAUCUACGCCCACCUCUACUGGCAGCACUGGCUGCAGUUCUGGGAUCUGAGCUCUCACACCCAUCUCAACACCUGCUUCAUCCACUUCAUCAAUGUCGGCAGAAUCUUCGGCCUGCUCACCGAAAAGGACACCGAGGCCAUGCAGCCACUCAUCGACCUGUGGAUUGCCCGUGGCGACAUACCCCAAGUGAGUGUGAACGGAAAUGUCGCCACUCCUCCUACUGCUGCUUCGACUACCACUACCGCCGCUCCUCCAUCGGCAAGUGCAGCCAACACUCAGCCCCCAGGUGCUGCGCCCGGCUCCGUGUCUUGA